AUGUCGGCAUUCGGUCCCGAGACGGCCUGCCCAGUCUCCAUUGACCGAUCCUUUGGCCCCUGGGCCGGGCCGGACUGCCGCGGAGGCUUUGACUUUACGCUUCUCUUUGAAGAAAGCAUACUCUCGAUACCUGUGUCGGGCAUCUUUUUGCUGUGUUUCUUACCCACCGAAUUAAUUCGCCUGAUUGCCCAGCCUAUUAAAGUAUCUGACGGCCUCUUGGGCUGGCAAAAAAAGAUCGCAUCAAUAUGUUACCUUGGCCUCAGCGCCGCCCUGCUCGGCCUAUGGGCUAGUGACAUGGGGUCCGGCACCAUGCAAACCAGCACAACCAUCCCCAGCGCUGCUCUUACGUUUGUAUCGUCUGUGGCCUACGCCAUCCUCUCAUGGCUUGAGCACAGCCGGUCCAUCCGGCCGUCCUCCUGCCUUUCGGCGUACCUCGGCCUGUCCAUCCUCUUUGAUUGCGCCCGGGCCCGUACCCUCUGGAUGCUGGGGGACUCUAGCACCAUCCCGGCCGUCUUCACCGCAUCAUUGGCCAUUCGGUCCGUCAUGUUAGUACUCGAGUCGACGGAGAAACGUUCCAUCCUCCUGCCAGAGCUCAAGGGAUGCUCGCACGAAGUGACCAGCGGCCCGCUAAACAGGGGCGUCUUCUUUUGGCUUUCCACGCUGUUCCUUAGAGGUUACAGUAAGGUGUUGUCCCUGAAUGACCUGUAUCCCCUCGACGAGGCCAUGGUUUCCGAAGUCUUGUAUGGACGCCUGGUCGAGGUGUGGGAUAAGGUUCCCGACCGGGCCGCCCCCGGUGCUUUGUUCAACGCUUGGCUGUCGGCUUUUGGCGGCCCGUUGAUGGCGGCCAUCAUUCCCAAGUUGCUUCAGAUCGGCUUCACAUAUGCGCAGCCGUUCUUGAUCACCGCCGCCAUCGACCUCGCGGUUACUCCUCAAGAACAACCCUACAAUAAUAGGGGAUAUGGCCUGAUAGGGGCUUACUUCUUGGUGUACACCGGUAUAGCUGUCACAACUGGACAAUACGAAUUGCGAAUGUACCGUGCCGCAUCCAUGAUGAGGGGCAGCUUGGUGCCGCUCAUCUACCAAAAGUCUCUCCACCUGGACAGCACGGCGUCCACUGUCGCCCCCUCGGCCGCCUUGACCCUAAUGAGUACCGACAUAGAGACCAUCGCCAACGGCAUCGUCCAACUGCAUGAAACUUGGGCCAGCUUGGUAGAAAUCGCACUGUCUAUGUACCUCAUCUGGAGACAGCUCGGGGCCGCUUGCGCCAUGCCCAUCGCUCUCUCCAUCGCAGUCAUGGUCGGCACCGGAUUCCUCGCCGUGCCUACGGGCAAGCACCAGGCUUCUUGGAUACAGGCGUCCCAGAACCGAGUCGAGGCCACCUCCAAAACCCUCGGGAGCAUCAAAUCGCUCAGGAUAUCCGGCCUGAACGACAUGGCGUUUUCCGUCAUCACCAAGCUGAGGUCCAAGGAGCUGGUGAUUUCGAAACAGUUCAGGGUUCUUUUGAGCACUUCCCUAAUGCUGGCGAUCUGCACCCCCGUACUCGGCCCUGUAGUAACCUUUUCUACCUAUGCUGGCAUCGCUUCCAAGAGCGACGGCAGCUUCACGAUCGCGCAGGCCUUUACUGCCUUUUCCCUCAUCGUCCUGCUGAACAAACCGCUCGCAGCCAUCAUCUCUGCGCUUCCCCUCCUCGCCGGAGCCAUGGCCUCCUGUCAGCGCAUUCAGGAUCACCUCAAUGUCAGUGAGAGGAACGACAAGAGGACUCCGGCAGGGCGAGAUUCCAACCGGCGCCGCAGCGGGAUACAGACCCGCGAGUCCAAGUCUACGAAGCAUCUCUUGGAAGGAAACGGUCCCGAAGAUCAGUACGAGCUUGCCGGAACCAUUAGGGCUGGCAGCGACAGUGUAUCGACGGACAAUGCGGACGUCAUCGUCGCUCUCCAGGGCAAAUGUUCGUGGAAAGAGGACAGCGAGCCGGUCAUUGACAUCCAGGAUGAACUCUACAUUCCGCGUCGGGCGUUGACCUUGGUCCUGGGACCCGUCGGCUGUGGCAAAUCGACCCUUCUUAAAGGUCUCUUGGGCGAGCUUUCCCUGUUCGAGGGAACGGUUCGGACCUACUACUCAGGCGUCGCCUACAGCAGCCAAAACCCAUGGCUGCCGAAUCUCAAGAUCCGUGAUAUUAUCGUCGGACACUCUACGUGGGACCAGGCGUGGUACGACGCCGUCACCAAGGCCUGCGCGCUGGAGACUGAUAUUGCAAACUGGCCUCAGGGGGAUCAAACCCCCGUCGGAACCAAAGGCAUGUCUGUCAGCGGUGGCCAAAGUCAGCGCAUCUCCAUCGCUAGGGCUGUGUAUUCGAGGAAAGAGUUCAUCGUCCUGGACGACGUCUUCAGCGGCCUCGACUCCAACACAGAGCACUUGAUUUUCGACAACCUGUUUGGCGAAAACGGAUUGCUUCGCAGUGCCAGAAUCACCGUGGUCCUCGCCAGUUCCAACGCUUACCGUGUGCAUGAUGCCGACGCCGUACUUGUCUUGAACGAAAAGGGACAGGUUCGAUAUUUCGGAGCGCCCACGGGGAUGGAGCAGACCGUCGAUAUUGGGGAUAGGACCAGCGCGGGCAAACCCCGUGCAGAGACCAAGCAAGCAGAGGCGACCGCCGUGGAAAUGGUGCCCGUUCUGGCCAACGCUGACGAGAUCGAGGCCGCGGCCAACGCCGCAAGGCAGCUCGGCAACCCAGCCGUCUAUAAGUUCUACGCGGAGGCGGCAGGCAAGUUCGUCAUGAUCACCUUUGUCCUGGCCAUGCUCAUCUUUGCGUUUUGCGACGCCUUCCCGAGCAUCUGGCUGGAGUGGUGGGCCGCGUCGGCGGAUCCCCUCUCCAACCUGGGCAAGUGGAUCGGCGUUUACGUUGCCCUUGGCAUCGGUGCCGUCAUCGCCUGCCUCGUCGGCACAUACCAGCUUUUGAUCGUCGUUAUUAACCGCACCGGGCUCUAUUUCCAUGAAGUGCUGGUUGAAAAGGUCUCGCGCGCACCCAUGUCUUUCCACACCACCGUGGACAGCGGUGUAACCGUGAACCGUUUUAGUCAGGACCUCCAGCUCAUCGAUAUGGAACUCCCAGUCGCCGCGCUGGGAACCAUCUUGGCGCUCUGCUUCGGCGUGGCGCAGUUCCUCCUGAUAUGCGUGACGUCGCGAUACUUGGGCAUCAUCAUCCCCUUCUUUUUCGGGUCUCUCUACUUGGUGCAGCACUUCUACCUGCGCACGUCGCGGCAGAUGCGUCUCCUCGACAUCGAACUGAAGGCGCCCCUCUACUCUCAGUUCAUCGAGACCAUCGACGGCCUGGCCACGAUCCGCGCCUUUGGCUGGGAGGACGGCAGCGUGAAGAGAAACAUGGCGAUCCUGAACGACUCCCAGCGGCCGUCGUACAUCCUCUACUGCCUGCAGCGCUGGCUGGUCUUCGCGGUGGACAUGCUCAUCAUGUUUCUGGCCCUGAUCCUGAUCGUCCUCACGACGACGCUCCGCGAACAAAUCGGCCCGGGAUUCAUCGGCAUCGCACUGAGCAACAUCCUGGCCUUUAGCGCAACCAUGAAGUCCACCAUAACCUCGUGGGUGAACCUGGAAAUCUCCCUCGGCGCCGUGUCCCGCAUCCGCUCCUUCGCGCUCGAUCUCGAAACCGAGCGGCCCGAGAACCUCCCGGCAUCCUGGUCCGAGCCGAGCGGUGCGUCCUGGCCCGCCCGCGGCGAGAUCGAGCUCCGCGGCCUGGCCGCCUCGUAUCCCUCCUCGGGCCGCGUGCUCAACGACGUCAGCCUGUCGGUCCAGCCGGGACAAAAAGUUGGCAUCUGCGGGCGCACCGGCAGCGGCAAGUCCUCGCUGACCAUGUGCCUGCUGCGCAUGAUGGACCUGGACGACGGCGCCAUCCUGAUCGACGGCGUCGACACCGCAACCCUGCCGCCGGAUUUUGUGCGCUCACGGCUCGUGGCCAUCCCACAGUCCGCCUACGUCUUCGACGGCACCGUGCGUCUGAACGUGGACCCGGCCGGCGCCGCUACUGACGAUGAGAUUGAUACUGUGCUGCGCGAGGUGCGGCUCUGGGAUAGGGUCGAGGCCCUCGGCGGGUUGGACGCGACCAUCGAAAACGGCGUCCUGAGCCAGGGGCAGGCGCAGCUGCUGGUCCUUGCGCGGGCCAUGCUGAGGAAAGGAACGAUUCUGAUCUUGGACGAGGCCACGAGCAGCCUGGACAAGGAAACAAGCGCCAUAGUGGACAGCGUGGUCAAGACGUGGUUCGCAGACUGGACGGUGCUCGCCAUCGCGCACAAGCUCGACUCCAUCCUCGACUUUGACAAGGUCCUCGUCCUCGAGGCGGGCAGGGUCAUGGAGUUCGACAACCCCAGGAAGCUGCUGGCCACAGAGGGCUCCGUUUUUAGGGAUUUGUAUAAUUUGCACAAGGAUUAGAUUUCGGAGGGUUAGACGCCAAAGCUUUUAGGCGCUGUCGGAAGGUUGCAUUUAGAAAACUAUUAUAGAUUGGGGCAAUGCAUGCAUUGUAUGUACACUAACCUACCUAAUUUCUUCACUCAUCAUUGUUUCUCUUAAACAUACUGCGGCAUUAAAUAGACUC